AUGGUGGCCAGACCUCGGGAUGUUGUCGCCCGCAAACGAAACACUGGAAGAAGAAGCAAGGUUAAAACUGGUUGUAAAACUUGCAGGAUCAGGAAGAUUAAAUGUGAUGAGAUCAAGCCGUCCUGUCAAAGAUGUACAACUACUGGCCGCACCUGUGACGGCUACGAGUCCGCGUUCAAAUCUUGGGAAGCACAGUCUAUCGGUAGUAUACGGGUCUCUUCUGGCGGCAACAAGUCCAUUGCAUUGUCAGGGAUCGUUCAGCCGACUGUUGGGUUUAUCUCUCAGGAUAUCGAACUCCUCAAUCGCUAUUUCUCCACCAAGACCCUGUUUAAUGUAAAUAUGGGUUGUCUUGAAGAAGCCCGACAAGUCCUCCAAGCCAGUUUGACUGAUCCCUCUGUACGUCACGCAGUGUCGUCUCUGAGAGCACUUCGGCAGGACCUCGAAAUAUCCGGUGAUACCCCCACGUCUGUCGCUCACCCGACUCCCGGCUUUCACUAUGGCCUUCAGCAAUAUAACAUGGCUUUGGGAGGUCUUGCGUCAAACAUGUCACUGCCGAGCUCCAGCACAAUCAAGUCGGCAUUACGUUGCUGCCAGAUCUUCAUCAGUAUUGAGCAAGUACAGAAAAAUUACUCUGCCAUGGCCCAACAUAUCAUCCGAGGUCUAAGAAUUAUGUACGAAUACCGUGCAAGGCCAUACUUUAUCGAAGGGAGCCAGUUAGUACCAGCCUACGAUGGUCAUUUACCUCUGGUGGAUGUCUUCAUCAUCAAGCUUUUUUCUGCGCCUUGUAAAUUCGCAGAUUCUCCAGCAGUACGGGAGGUCUUCCCGACGACCUCACCUGCGUCUUUCGAUAGCCCGCAUGAAGGAACCGAUGAAUCUCCCAAUGUUCGCACAAUUUUGCCUGAUAUGCGGACAAGACUUACAGUAACUGCUGAGUUAAUACUUGAAUUUCUGAGCAAAAUGUCACAAGUCGUGUCGGUGGAGGAUGCUCUCCAAUUGAAGUCCGAAAAAAAUGCUAUUUUGGACUCCCUGGACUCAUGGCUAAAUGAUUUCGAGCUUAUCCAGAUGGGACCUGAGCCGAUCUCGAUGACUUUCUUGCGGAUCUUUCGUCUGAUAUUGAGAAUCAUUCUCUUAGGAGCACUUGACUCCUCGCCAACGACAUGUACGGAGCUGCAGCUGGAGAACGAACGAUUACAAAGUCUAGCCAACGAUGUGGGCGAAAGAGUCCAGACUUACAUAACUUGCAAUGGGACUAGCAGCGACUGA